AACCUGUACAAACUGCGCGUGCGCAAUACAAGAUAAAAUUUCAAUCAUGGCUGCCAGUAUUCGUAGCAAACAGAUUGAGUGUUUGAAAAGAAUGAUAAGUCUAAAUGAUAACACAAAGAAGACUGCGUCCAGUGAGCCAGUGUGGAAGAUUCUAGUUUAUGAUCGAUACGGGCAGGACAUUAUAUCCCCACUUUUAACUGUUACUGAACUACGCGAACUUGGAGUAACUUUGCAUUUAUUGCUACAUUCUAAUCGAGAUUCCAUCCCCGACGUUCCGGCUGUGUAUUUCGUUCUUCCUACAGAGGAAAAUAUUAAAAGAAUUUGUCAGGAUUGCAAAAAUCAAUGUUAUGAAUCAUACUACUUGAAUUUCAUCUCUGCUAUCAUGAGACGUCAGCUGGAAGAUUUGGCAACAGCUGUCCUCCAAGGAGAUUGUGUCAAUCAGAUUUCAAAGAUAUUUGAUCAAUAUCUGAAUUUCAUAUCUUUGGAGGAAAAUAUGUUUACAACGCGAUAUCAAGAACGAGACUCUAUAUCAUAUUAUGCUUUAAACAGACCUGAUGCCAAAGAUACAGAUAUUGAGAACAUACAAGAUACGCUAGUUGACAGUCUAUUUUCAUUUCUUGUGACAUUAGGAACUGUUCCUGUGAUCCGAUGUCCACGUGGAAAUGCGGCAGAAAUUGUUGCGGAAGCUUUAGACAAGAAGCUUCGCGAGAAUCUUCGAGAUGCCAGAAACAGUUUAUUUACUGGAGACAUGAGCAUGGGACAAUUUAGUUUUCAAAGACCUGUGUUGAUAAUAUUGGAUAGAAAUAUUGAUCUAUGUACACCAUUGCAUCAUACAUGGACAUAUCAGGCGUUGUGUCACGAUAUUUUGAAUCUGCAUCUCAAUCGUAUCGUUAUCAAAGAAAGUACUGGGGCUGAGAAUGGAGAAUCAGAACACGUUCAUUCAAGACCAAAACUUGUUAAGACUAAGAUUUAUGACAUUAGUGCAACCGAUAGUUUCUGGAAUAAUCACAGAGGAAGUCCAUUUCCGAACGUUGCUGAGUCAACAAAAGAAUUGGAUGAGUACAAGGCAUCAGAGGGGGAAGUUAAAAGAUUAAAGAGUGUCAUGGGAUUGGAUGACAGUGACGAAAGUGCUAUCUCUGAUUUAAUGAGUGAUCACACGUCAAAAUUGACAUCAGCAGUCAGCUCUUUGCCGGAGUUAUUGGAGAAAAAGAAAAUUAUAGAUCAACACACGAAUAUUGCGACAGCUUUACUGGAACAGAUCAAGCAAAGACAUCUUGACACGUAUUUUGAAUGUGAGGAACGAAUCUUGAGCAGUCAAAGACUUGAUAAAUCUGUGCUGGAGUUUAUACAGGAUCCUGAGGCCGGUACUCCCGAAGAUAAACUAAGAUUGUUUAUGAUAUUCUAUAUUUCUGGACCAACAAUGUCUACUGCUGAAUUUGAUCAAUACGCGGCCGCUCUUCAAAAUGCAGGUGCUGAACUGAGUGCGUUAAACUACAUCAAAAAAUGGAAAGCAUUCACCAAAAUGACGACAGGCCCAGUUCAAUCUGGUGGUGGUGGACAAAAUACAUACGGCGCAAUGUUCUCUAAAAUAUUGGGUACAAGUUCUCAAUUUGUCAUGGAAGGAGUAAAAAACUUAGUUGUUGGAAAUAAGAACUUGCCUGUGACAAGAAUUGUCGAUGCUCUCAUGGAAAUGAAGUCGACAGCCGAUGUUGAGGAAUACAGAUACUUUGAUCCUAAAAUGCUGAGAGCUGCUGACAGCUCUUCAGUCCCUCGUAACAAGACUCCUUAUCACGAGGCUAUCGUUUUUAUUGUCGGUGGAGGAAAUUAUAUCGAGUAUCAGAACUUAUCUGACUAUGCUGUGCGUAGUCCAUCGAAUCCUAAAACCAUUGUUUAUGGUGCUAGCGAAAUAUUCAAUGCAGCGCAAUUUGUUAAACAGCUGGAAGCGCUUGGAAGAGAUUCACAAUCAUAAUUGUACUUAUGUUAUGGUGCUCAGUAGUAUUUCUCUAGAAAAACGUAAUUUAUAAAACAUACGAGUGUCAUGUGUUGGGAUUUUUCCCCAGACGUGCUGGUUGGUCAUGAUGUUUCGAAAUUGUAAAUGGUAAAUCCUCUGGCUAAUUUAAUUAAGAUUAUUACAUUGUAAAUAGGCUAUUAUCACGAUGUACUAUGAACACAAAAAUCAUUUACCAAGAAAUAGAGAAUUUGAGAUUGAACGUGUAGCUUUGCACGCACAAAUACAAACAUGCAAACCUGUUAA